CACGAACAAAUGAUUAGGAAGAAUAUAAGGCUUAGGAAAGAAUACCUCUUUAAGAAGCAAAAGGAAAUUAAGGACACUGAGAAAAAACUAGCCGUUAAGAAGGCAAUUGAGGAGGAUAGAGCAGUCCCAUUUGAACUCCGUCAUGAAGAGAAGGAGCUUAGACAUCAACUUGAGAAUGACGAUGAUAACACACUUGUCAAAAGGUCCCAUAUUGAUGAUGAGUAUGAGGAAGCGAAGUAUAAGGAUCCCAAGGUUAUGAUAACUACUUCAAGAAGUCCAUCAUCUAGACUCAUGAACUUCCAAAAGGAAUUAAGACUUAUUGUUCCAAACUCAAUUAGAGUCAACAGAGGAGCAUAUGUCAUCAAAGGAUUAGUCAAGAUCUGACAAGAGAACGAUAUUUCAGACAUGAUCAUUCUGCAUGAACAUCGGGGUGAGCCAGACGGAAUGAUCGUGUGCCAUCUUCCCUUCGGCCCUACUGCAUACUUUGGGUUGAACAAUGUGAUCCUCAGACAUGACUUGAAAGAAAGGCCUGCGACUAUGUCUGAGGCAUUCCCUCAUUUAAUCUUUGAUAACUUCCAGACUAGGUUGGGGGAUAGGAUCUCAGACAUCCUGAAAUAUAUAUUCCCUCUUCCAAAAGUAGACUCCAAGAGACUAAUGACAUUUUCCAAUAGCGAUGAUUACAUCAGCUUCAGGCACCAUGUGUACGAAAAAGAAGGAGAAGAGGUCAAACUUAAAGAGCUAGGUCCCAGGUUUGAGCUUAAGCCAUACCAGAUCUCCCUCGGAACUGUUGAUCAGCCUAAUGCCAAGAAAGAGUGGGUGCUCAGACCAUAUAUGAAUACUUCGAAGAAGAGGACUGCCUUGUAAAUAUUCAACAUGAGUGA